CUUGGACCGCGACUACGACAUGGCGGACGACGUCCUUUUUGAAGUCGUACGACAAUACGCAUGCCUUUCGCCAGUGAAUGCGAUAUCUCUGCCGAAAGACAUUUCCAAUACAGUCCUCCAAGACUUUCUGGUGAAAGAAUUACUCGAGGACCAGCACUUGAAAGUAUACCCUCCUUCCCAACAGUACCAACGGACUUUCUGGAAGAAAAUUGUUGCUCAUUUGGAGAGGACGAGCAUUAUGCCGGAGGACGAAGAGUUCGAGAUCUCUUCAGUGAUUUACGAUCACUAUUUGGGUCUUUUGAAUCCGAAUAAUGACUCGUCUGGGUCUUCCUCCUUCGUGGGUCAAGGACCCCCAUCCAAAUCCUUCGUCACGUACUUCUGGAAAGCUCCUGGUUUGACCUCGUCGGAACGUUUCCUCAAAACAACCCUCCUGGAAUCACGAAACAUGAUCGAGAGCGGGACGACAGGCUUGAGGACGUGGACCGCGAGCUUCGUUCUUGCACAAUACCUGAUCGAUCACCCCGACGUUAUCGUCCGUAAAAACGUACUCGAACUUGGUGCAGGGAUUGGGUUCACCGGAAUUGUGGCGAGCGCAAUCCAGGUCCUUGCUGGCCAAGACUCCUCCAACCCCAACAAGAUCUGGUUAACUGACGUCGAAGACACGGUGCUUGCGACCUGUCGGGACAAUGUAGACCUUCCAUGCAACACCUCGUCGACUCACGGUGGAGUCAAGACACAGCAACUAGAUUGGUACGCUGCCUUAGAUGAGAAUAGACGGCCGGAGAUGGUGUCUCUCCUUCACCGAACCCUCGAUCCUGAUGUGAUUAUUGGAGCGGACAUCGUAUUUGAUCCUUCGUUGAUAGGUUCUUUACUCGCUACCUUAGAGAUAGCUCUUCGGUCUACCCGCGCUACAUUCGCGCUAAUAGCCUUGACACGGCGAAACCCAGAGACCAUGGCAAAGUUUAUGAGCUCUGCUAUAGAACGCGGUUUUACAGUCGACGCGGUAGAGUAUCAGAACCAACAUAUUUCCUUCCUUCCCCACCUCGCCCUAGAUACCAACCUGAAAGAUGUGAAGAUCCUUCGCUUCGUUUCAUCGUAG